UUUUCCCAUUUCUUUUUCAUUUGUUCGACUGCUUAGGGGCAAAAAUUCUUCAUUUCUAUUUUCUUUUAUAUAAAGAAGUUAAUACAAUGUGUGGCAAUGUCAUAUCAGUAUGAACAAAGGAAAUAACCUUUAAGGCCAAUAUUUUAUUGUUAGUCUGACUCAACCGUUGCUUGCUCAAACAUCUCAAGAAUAAUAUUUUAUUGUUUCUACCAUGGCUAAUUCAACAUCCUCGUCCUUUGCCUAUGAAUGGUCUUAUGAUGUUUUCCUCAAUUUUCGGGGUGAGGAUACCCGCUAUGGUUUUACUGGACACCUUUUUCAUGCUCUGUGUCAAAAGGGAGUCAAGACUUUCAUGGAUGAUCAAGAUUUGAGGAAGGGAGAAGGAAUCUCAGCUCUAAUGGAGGCAAUUCAAGAAUCUAGAACUGCCAUUGUAAUAUUUUCAAAGGACUAUGCAUCAUCACAGUCUUGUUUAGAAGAACUUGUCAUGAUCAUGGAAUGCUUAAAUCAUAAGGGCAGGCUGGUUUGGCCCGUUUUUUAUAAAGUGGAUCCAUGUGACGUGCGACAUCAGAAAGAAAGUUAUGCAGAAGCACUAGCCAAGCAAGAAACCAGAAUCAGUGACAAAGACAAGGUAAACAAAUGGAGGUCAGUUUUGCAAGCAGCAGCUAAUCUAUACGGUUGGCAUUUCGGUGAACGCAGGUACGAAUAUGAAUUCAUUGGAGAGAUCGUUCAAGAGGUCUCUAAAUGGAUCAACCGUAGCACUUUACAUGUUGCUCAUCACCCAGUUGGGUUAGAGUCUCGCGUGCAAAAGGUGAAGUCACUUCUAGAUGUUGAGUCAAAUGAUGGGGUCAACAUGGUGGGAAUUUAUGGAAUAGGUGGAAUUGGAAAGACAACACUUGCAUGUGACGUAUACAAUUUCAUUGCUCAUCAAUUUGAAGGUCACUCUAUUAUUGCUGACAUUAGAGAAAAUUCAAUGAAAAAAGACCUGGUACAACUUCAGGAGACCCUUCUUUGUGAUGUAGUUGGGGAGAAAGACAUUAAGUUGGGGAAUGUAAAGAAAGGGAUUCCAAUAAUUAAAAGUAGGCUCUGUAAAAAGAAAGUUCUUUUAAUUUUGGAUGAUGUUGACAAAUUGGAGCAAUUAGAAGCACUUGCAGGUGGACCUGAUUGGUUUGGUCCAGGCAGCAGAAUUAUUAUCACAACUAGAGAUAUGCAUUUGCUACAUUUUCAUGAUGUUAAAAGAACUUAUAAAGUUGAAGGAUUAAAUGAUGUAGAAGCCCUUGAAUUGUUCAGCAGGGAUGCUUUCAAAAGAAAGCAUGUUGAUCCUGAUUAUUUGGAAAUUUCCAAGAGAGUAUUGCAACAUUCUAAUGGCCUACCGUUAGCUCUGAAAAUAAUAGGCUCUGAUUUAUAUGGUAAGACAGAUUUGGAAUGGAAGUCAGCAUUAGAUACUUAUGAAAGAAUUCCUCAUGAUGAUAUUCAACAAAUCCUAAGAGUAAGCUAUGAUGGCUUAAAGGAAUUUGAAAAGGAAAUAUUUUUAGACAUUGCUUGCUUCUUUAAAGGAUACACACUAAGUUAUGUCAAGGACAUGCUACAUAGUGGUCGUAGUUCUGCCCCUGACAAUGCUAUCCGGGUGUUAAUUGAUAAAUGUCUAAUAGAAAUUGACAAACUAUGUGACAAACUAUGUGUGAGAAUGCAUGAUUUGAUUGAGGAUAUGGGUAGAGAAAUUGUACGGCUUGAAUCACCCUCAGAACCAGGUGAACGCAGUAGAUUAUGGUCCUCUGAAGAUAUUCUUCAUGUUUUCGAACAGAACAAGGGAUCCAAUAAAACUGAGAUUAUCAUGCUACGCUUGUCUAAAGAUGAAGAAGUGCAAUGGAAUCCAUCUGCAUUGGAGAAGAUGGAAAACCUUAAAGUACUGGUGGUAGAAAAUGCUCACUUUUUUGGGGACCUAGUGCUUCCCCAAAAAAGUUUAAGAGUGCUAAAAUGGUAUGGAUAUCCUGAAUCAUCACUGCCUGCUGAUUUUGAUCCAAAGAAACUUGUCAUAUUGGACUUGCCUAUGAGUUCCUCCUUUACAUUCAACAAUCAACUGAACAUGAAAUUUAAGUCCUUGACAGAAAUGAAUUUAAGCGGUUGUGAAUUACUUAAAGAAAUACCUAACAUGUCUGAAGCACCAAAUUUAAAGAAAUUGCUUCUUGAUAAUUGCAAAAAUUUAGUUGAAGUUCAUGAUUCUGUUGGAUUCCUUGGUAAACUCGAAUAUUUGAUAAUGGAUCAUUGCACCAAUCUUAAGCUUCUUCCUCGUGAAAUGAACUUAACUUCUCUUAAAAACAUGGGGCUUUGGAAUUGCCAGAGUCUCAUGAGUUUUCCUGAAAUUUUAGGGAAGAUGGAAAACGUAAGUGAACUUGAUUUGAGUGGUAGUGCCAUAAGUGGAUUGCAUUUUUCAAUUGGAAAUCUAGUUGGGCUCACAUUCGUGGCUCUCAAUGGAUGCCAACGGCUACUCGAACUACCGAGGAGUAUUUUUAUGCUGCCAAAACUCUGGACAUUUGAAGCUGACAAUUGUGAGCGGCUUGCACAAGUACAAAAUGAGGAAGGUCAAGAUCAAGAAACAAUGUCUUCACAUGUCAAGAAAGCUAGUUUUCAUCGUUGUUAUCAUCUCACAGAUAAAUUUCUUUCAACACUUCUUCCUUGCUUGCGCAUAGUGACGGAUUUAUCCCUUAAUUACAGCAAUAUCACAAUCCUUCCAUCAUGCAUCAGUGUGUGUCUCUCCUUGACAAAACUUUCAUUGAAUGAAUGCAAGGAGCUUCGAGAAAUCAGAGGCCUCCCACCAAACAUAAUGUAUCUUUCAGCUAUGAACUGUACAUCCUUGACUUCCGAAUCUAAGGAAAUGUUACUGAAUCAGACACUACACGAGAAUGGGGGAAAACAUUUCAUAUUUACAGGAUCAGCAAUCCCAAGUUGGUUGAAUUGCAGUAGCAAGGGUCCAUCCCUGCGUUUCUGGUUUCGUAACAAGUUUCCCGAAAUUACUCUAUGUGCUGCUGGACUUUUUCGUUCGUUCGAUCACCGUGUGUGGCACCUGAUGGUCAAUGACAUACUACAGUUCUCGGUAUAUUGUUGUGUUAUAGAUCAUUCAUUUCAGGUUGAGACAAAUCAUACUUUUGUGUAUGAUCCUCUUGAAAUAAGGGUUAUCACAAAUGAAGAAUUACAUAUUAAGAAUGGGUGGAACAGUGCUGAGAUUUUGUUUGACUAUCAUGAAUGGAUGGGAGUACAUGUACCGGAACAAAAAUCAAACAUGGCAGAUAUUCAAUUUUCAAAUCCCUACUCUUCAAUGUCAAAGUAACAAAAACGCACCGAUAAUCUUUUAUAGGUUUCAGGUUACACUUGCAUGGUCAUGACUGACCUAUGCUGCCUCAAGCAAUACCACAACUUAAAGCUUUAAGAGCCAAGCGAUUUGUCUGCUGAAUCAAAGAAAUGAAGAUGAUUUCAAGGUCAAAGCCAAACCAACUAUAGCUGCAUUGUAGUUCAGUCAGGUGACACUUGUGUUUCAAGAACAGGGGAGUGUACACCAAUGCAAGAUACAGGUUAACUAAGCAUUGAAAGGCUUACGCUUGGGAAGUAUCAAUGUGGUCCCUUCUGAUUCUCUAUCAGAGACUCUUUCCUUUCUUAGAUCACAUUUUAAGCUACUUCUAUGCUUCCAUCCAUUCCUUCUGUUAAAUCCAUAUUUGUUGUACAAGAGUUUUCAGUAUUUUUGUGUAUUAUGUUGUUUGUUA